CUCUUGGGGCUUAUGAAAGCUAAAGAGGGUAAAUAAAUACAAUAUACCGCGCUUCGUGCCGAGUAGCAGCAUGAGCUUACCCCAGUUCGUGAUUGGUCCGAGCUCCCUCCUCAUACGCAUUCAAUCCCCCUCGCACUCGAUCCUCCCCCCUUCCUCGCCUCGCGUACGCGCGCGCCGCAACUCUUUUCCUUUCCUUCCACCCCCUUCUUCCACUUGCGCAUGUCCCCAAGGCGUAUUUUUCACUUGGGCGCGAUCCAUCGCAGCGCAUAUUUCACGCCAUUUUCUGCAUCUCGGCCGCGCCCCAUCUUCUUCCCCAUCCUUCUCUGCUAUAGUGCUUCCCGUGUAAGCUACAACAACAGCAGCACCGCCGCCAUGCCGCCCACGCUUCGCAAGCGCAAGGCUCCCGAGCCCGCCCCGGCGCCGGCGCCGCCGGCCAAAAGGGCCGCGCCAAAGGCGAAGGUCGCAAAGGUCGCCGCAAAGGCCAAGGCGGCCGUCAAGGAGACGGUGAAGCCGGCAAAGGCAGGAAAGGCUGCGCCGGCCGUCAACGGCUCGGCCAAGCCUGCUGUUGAUGCUGCUGUUGCUGCUGCUGCUGCUGCUGUUGCGCCGGCUGCCCCUGCUGAUACCCCGGCUGCCUCCAAGGGCGACACGGUGGCGCUCGAGGGCUUUGGCGGCGAGAUCGAGACGCACGACGGCAAGAAGACCACGCUCAAGGCGCUGGUCGACGAGAGCGAGGCGGGCGUCGUGCUCUUCACCUAUCCCAAAGCCUCCACCCCAGGAUGCACGAACCAGGCCUGCCUCUUCCGCGACUCGCACGAGCCGCUCACGGCGGGUGGCCUGGCCAUUUACGGCCUGUCAGCCGACACGCCCAAGGAGAACACCAGGUUCAAGGAGAAGCAGAAGCUGCCCUACCCACUCCUCUGCGACCCCAAGGCGACCCUGCUAGCCGCCAUUGGGCUCAAGAAGGGCCCCGCCAAGGCCGCCCGCGGCGUCUUCGUCGUCGACAAGGCCGGCAGGGUCCUCGCCGCCCAGACCGGCAGCCCCGCCGGCACCGUCGACGUCGUCAGAAAGCUCGUCGCCGAGGCCGCCGCCGAGCCUGAGGAGGCUGCUGCCGCCGAGGAGGCCGUGGCCGCGGCCAAGGAGAAGAAUGAGGACGAAGCUGAUGAGGCUGAGAAGAAGGACUGAGGCCAGCCAGUCAUUCGUCGCAUCGCCGACUUCUUCUGCAUUUUGGCUACUCUCUUUUCUGCUACUGUGAACCUUCUCUUGUAUGUAACAUCUUGUACUAAUGAUGGAUGGUUGGCUGCGUGUAGUGUGGGUUAUCUCUGUUGAUAGGGUCAGGGUAGCGUUUGGAUUCUUUUUUUUGUUUGCCGUGCUUGGAAGUUGGCGUUUGCCACGCCACAUAUCGUUUAUACGUGCCUUAGUUCCAACGUCGUAUAGGACCGACUGCGAUUUGCAUAUCCGUUUGUCACGAGUCUCUCAAACGACGACCCCUUCCCGUCCAGACAGAAAAGCGAGAGUGCCGCAAUGCUCCAGGUGGGAAAAAACAAGUCUAUUAGAUCGUCUAAACAGCAGUUGUCCACUC